CGAUGGCUUCUUCCGCAACGGAGACUAAAACCGCUGAUGACGACCACCACCAACACCUUGCGCUUGAGCUCACCGCCCGAGAUCCCGAUUCUCCGGACAUGGAGAAAUCCGCCUCCGGCCCUUCAUUAGCUUCCGACGAAAUCAUCCCUCUCCUGAAUCAGCAGAACCAAAGACCCAGGUUCAACAUCUUCUCCGCCUCCUACACUCGACGCAAACCCAGGGAGCAAGUAUUUAAAGUAUCUGAAACGGAGAUAUCACCUUUAACUCAGUUAUCUUCAUGGGUUUGAAGUGGUUCUCGUUACUCUGGCUUACUCUGUAUGGCAUUGUCUUCGACACUGUACCUCAUCAUGGAGUUAGUUUCAGAUUCUUUUUCUGUUCAGCCGAUUCCUUUGUUUGAGACCGCGUUUAUGAGAUGCGCAAUUAUCUUGAUACUAUCUUACCUUUGGUUGAAAAGAAGCGGACAACCAAUUUUUGGACCUGACGGCAGGAAGCUUUUAGUUUCAAGAGCCCUUGUCGGUUAUCUUUCAUUGUUUAGUUUCAUCUUUAGCAUCCAAAUGUUGCCCUUGUCCCAAGCUAUCGUGCUAAGCUUUGUGAAUCCAGUUAUGGCUUCCAUUGCAGCACGUGUUGUUCUGCAUGAGAAGUUGAAAAUAACUGAUAUUGGAGCUCUUGUUUGCAGUUUCUUUGGCGUGAUUUUUAUUUUCGUCCCAACACUUACUGUCCAAGGUUUAUUUUCAUCAUUCACUGGAGGAAUUAGCUACUGUCUCAUAAAAGCAGCUGCUAAAGCAUCGGAACAGCCAGUGAUUACUGUCCUCUCCUUUGGUUUGGUAGCUUGCCCCGCUGCAGCGAUUUGCAUGUUUUCCUUAGAGAGCUUUGUGCUCCCAGCGUUUGACACGCUCAUUAGCAUGAUCGUACUAGGUUUGCUGGCGUUUUGCGCAGAGGUACUUUUGGCUCGGGGACUUCAGCUUGAGAAAAUCAGCAAAGCAGCAAACAUAUUAUACAUCGAGGUGGUGUUAUCGCAGUUGUAUAUACUUGCUACAAGAAAAGCAGGAUCGACGGGUUUGUUUAGCCGCCUUGUUGGGUGUUUGCUCAUUCUCAUAUCCGUGAGCUACGCAAUUUACGUGGGACCUGCUAAACAUACUGAGUAACCAAAUAGUAUAGCAUUGUCCCAUUUUUAUUUUUAUUGGAUUUAAAAAAUUUCUUUUUAGCUAUGUUUUUUGUUUGGUGUAAUGCAAAACCUACACUCUAACUCAAAUUUUUUGGGUAUCAAAUUUCAUUUAUUUU